CAGCCUACCUGUAUAAAUUGUGAGGGACUCAUAACAGCGAGACAAGUGACUGGGACCCACAACUUCUUCAGUAUGUCACCCCUCUCCUUGUUCACCUUCACCUGCAUGGUGCUCUGUGCAGUGCACUGUUUCCCCUCAGAGGAAUCAUUUGAGGUUUCUGAUGAACAGGAGGAGGACUCAGUCAAUGACAACAGUCUGAAAGAAGAGGAAAGUGAUAUCUCAACUUUACUUGAGAAAGCCAACAAGAAUGUGGGGCAAGGACUGGAUGAGCCGACUGUCAUUGGGGACAUUGCAAUUCCUACUGAUCUUGGGAACGCUGACCCUUGCACAUCUCGUGGAUGCAAGUGGAGAAAAUCUAAGAAUGGCGUUGUUUACGUGCCCUAUCGCAUCUCCAAUCAGUUCUCGUCGCGCGAGAGGAGCGUCAUUGUGCGUGGGCUGAAUUCCUUCAAAGCCUCCACCUGCGUGCAGUUCAUCCGCCGCAGGAGGCAGAGAGACUAUGUGUACAUCCAGUCUCGCAAUGGGUGUUACUCUUUUGUAGGGCGGCGGGGCGGUGGUCAGGUGGUGUCUCUGAGUCGCAGGGGCUGUGUCUAUCACCAGAUUGUCCAGCAUGAACUCCUGCAUGCCCUAGGUUUCAACCACGAGCAGACACGCAGUGAUCGUGAUCAACACGUUCGUAUCUUGCUUCAGAACGUCAUUCGAGGCAUGGAGCACAACUUCAAUAAAAUCAACACCAACAACCUAGGGACCCCAUAUGACUACGGCUCUGUCAUGCACUAUGGGAGGUAUGCCUUCUCCAGGAACAGGCAGCCAACCAUUGUCCCCAUCCCAAACAGUAAUGUGCAAAUUGGCAGAGCAACGCAGAUGAGCAGCAAUGACAUUCUGCGUAUAAAUAGGCUCUAUGGAUGCAGAAAAUCUGAGUAAUUGAAGACCCCUAUCUCAAAAAGAAGAUUUGCUAGGAUUUUUCUGGAAAAGCUUGCUUUAUGUCAAAAAUAAAUAAAUAAUUAUCUGUUAUAUCAGUACUGUGUUAAAUGUUUCUGUAGUGCAAAUAAAGCAACAUAUCUGCCUUGCAAAAAAAA